GGCGCGCAUCAGUCGCGCAUCAUCUUCACGGCGGAACGGUACGCGGCGUCAGAUUCGCGAGGAGCGCGCGGCAACGUAUUUCGGCGUCCGACACCACUCGACACGGAGCAACAGUUAUGUCCUCGAGGAUCCUCGCACCGUCGCAGGCCGAUCCGUCGCACUGCUGAACCCUCGUCGCGCCUGGUGCGUACGUAUGGCGUAUGGCUUACCCUAUGGCAUGGCAUCGCGGAGCGUCGCGCUGUGCAUCCUCAUCGCCGCUCUGCUGCACGUCAGUCUCGGUCAAACGCCACCCAAGUCCGAGGUCCUACCCGAAUUUCUGGCACUCUUGGAGAACUACACGGUCGUUCAAGGUCGUGACGUCUCCUUCACCUGCGUCGUUAAUCAUCUUCAAUCUUACAAGGUCGCCUGGAUAAAGUCGGAUUCGAGGGCGAUUUUGGCUAUUCACACUCACAUGGUGGCGCACAAUCCGCGUUUGUCCGUCACUCACAACGGCCAUAACACAUGGAAGCUGCACGUGACUAACGUUCAACCGAACGACUCCGGCACGUACAUGUGUCAGGUUAAUACGGAUCCUAUGAGGAGCCAGACCGGUCACAUGAAGGUCGUGAUACCGCCCGACAUCAUGGACCUGGACGACACGGCGGAUCAGCUGACGACGAAGGAGAACGGCGACCUGCGGCUGCGAUGUCGCGCCACCGGCACGCCGGCACCGUUGGUGAUCUGGCGGCGGGAGGACGGCAGGAACAUCACGCUGAGGAACGAGCACGGCGUCAAGCGAAUGAAAACAUACGAGGGCGAGCAGCUUCAUCUGCGGGGCAUCCUGCGGCAGGAGAUGGGCUCUUAUCUUUGUAUUGCGUCGAACGGCGUGCCGCCGUCGGUCAGCAAGAGAUAUUACGUGAACGUCCAUUUCAAGCCGCUGAUUAAGGUAUCGAACCAGUUAGUUGCGGCGCCGGUAGACAGCGACGUCCUUCUCCAGUGCUACGUGGAGUCCUCGCCGAAGGCUCUGAACACAUGGCACAGGAAUAAUGGAGUCAAACUGCUGGAGGACGAGAAGCACGAAAUAUCGGAAGUAACGAUCAACGACUACGCGUAUCAACUAAAUCUCACCGUCAGACGUCUCGACCGCUCUGACUUCGGCACUUACACGUGCUCCGCCGAGAACACUUACGGCAAAGCGGAUGGCACCAUAAGGCUGCAAGAGCUGCACUUGCCGCGACCUACGGUAACCUCGACGAGCAACACGGAGGCCAUCGAGAAGCACACCUGGCGGAAGCAAUCGGAGAAGAAAGGGAAGAAGUACUCGUACGUGGUCGGUAAACCGGACGCGGAGCUGGGCGCGAUGAACGUGGGUCACACCACGCCGAUGUCCAGGAGAAACGUCUCGAGCCCUUCGCCGUCGAACGCCGCGAACAAGCCGAGGAUGUCGGUGUUCCCGGCGCCGGCGCCGGCGCCGGCACACUCGGCACCCACGCAAUCGGGCGGUCAAAACGGCGUUCGAUCGUGGCGCGAGCCGCGACUGUGCUGCUGCGUCGGCCUCAUCCUGACGAUCCUGAUGAUCUUGGCUCGCGACUGAAAGCUGCCGGCGACUGGAAACUUUUCGCUGUCAGAGAUGCUGUCAGAAGGUCGUACCGUAUCGCGAAAUUCGACUAUUCCCAGCGUGAUUUCGAUCGCACGCGGAAGGUGCACAUUCACGCACACGCCUGGAUGAUGACGAAUUUACGUUUCCACGAUCCCCGUCGCGCGGGAAUAUACAACUCCCCCGCCCUAUAUUUUUGUCCAGACACACCGCGAGAGCGUACCGUGAACGAAGGAAGCGCGAAAUACACAUAUCGACAGCUUCGGUACUUCGCUGUAAAUAAAAACGGAACAUUUUUAUGACAAUAAAUGUAGCUGCGUAUAUAUAUAUAUGUAUAUAUAUAUAUAUAUAUAUAUGUAUAUAUAUACGAGAGAAGUAGAAUCGCGUCUCGUUAGAAGUGCGCGUUCGCAAUUGUCAUUGUUAAACUCUUAGACUGCGGGCGCGGCGGGCGGAAGCAGGGCGAUCUUUGCGUGAACUAAUGUUAGUCGUCGCGAUGUUGACGAACAGUGAGGACGCCUUUAGGCGUUGUACACACACGCUGAGGACUCCCUGUCGAGCACCGUGCGCACUCCAAGGGUUAAACAGUACGUAUUAUUCGCGGGUACCACGCUUUGUUUGCCGAGACUUAAUUUUUCGUUGGAUUACAGGCGGUGGAGAGAGAGAGAGAGAGAGAGAGAGAGAGAGAGAGAGAGUGAGAGAGAGAGAGAGAGAGGGGGGAGGAAGGGAAGAGUGAAGUUUUAAUUUGUUCGUGUAAGUAUCGCGCGAUUAAAUCCGAUAAACGUAGGUUUACAUCGAUUAGAAUAAAUCAAGAGGGGUCCAUAUACCAAAAGCCGACCGAAGUGGAUUCGCUCGUCUGUAGGAGCAAGCCGUAUUUAUGUCUAACGAGAGUUGUGGCAUUCGUGUAUAUAUGUAUGACAAUAAAUGUUGUUUCUACUA